AUGGCGGCAAACACCGACUCAACCAACAUUGCCACAUUUAACUUUUACGUCAUCUACAACACCAACUACCACAAAGACAACAACUACAACUACACUGGCACCUACAACUUUCUUUUAUACAACUGUUCGGAUUUGACCUGCGCUAGAAACAAGUCACUUUUUGACUCUAGUGCAAAUCUUAUAAAUGCACAAAGAUAUGGUACCUGGAGAGAAAUCUGCGGAGAGCUAUUUCUUUUUGGAAACUCGAUUUUGACUUGGGAAACAAAUGUGAAGAGGUGCUGCAGCAUUGGAAUGAAACCAGUGGCGUUUGAAACGUUUGAAAAAUUUACCUGUCUCAGAAAUAUUACAAGGGCGGAAAUAUGGCCUUACAACUUUAACUACUGGACAUCAGCCCGCCAGAUUUUCUCUAACAAUACCUUCCAGUGGUGUUUGUAUAAUACCACCGGAACUUUCACGAACGCCACCCCAAUGUGGGCUACUGGGCACCCCAAUAAUUUAUCCUCUGGCAAAACUACCCCGGCCCCACCUUGCUUUACUCCAUACUGUCCAAUAGGCAGUUGCAGCAAAAAUGACUCAUUGUACUCGUUGGCACCGGACAAAGUGUCAAAGUUUCUAUCAAACAAUUCGCAAUAUGGGACUUGGAAAAGCAUGAAUUACCGGCUUUACCUGUUCGCCAAUGCAAGUAAAACGUGGGCCGAAGCGAUCACGACCUGUUGUGCUUAUGGAAUGAAGCUUUUAAGUAUCGACAUGGAGUACAAAUACAGUGUUUUGUCUCAAAUAACAGGUUAAAAUUAUUCUUCCUCUCUCAUCUCCACUCAAUUAUAAAUUGUAGGAUAUGACCAGGGAACUCUGUCCAGAAAAUAUUGGACUUCAGGAACAGAUAACGGCUGUCCCGGCGCGUUCGGAUGGUGCGCUGCAAACAAACUGGUCCGAGGGCCGAUUUGGGCGCACGGCGAACCUCAAAUAACUGGCAAAAACUGCAUUGCUGUUGAUGUUAGAAGCACAAACACAACUCUUUCGACUGCGGAUUGCACCUCAAAUCUGCCAUUUAUUUGCGAAGCUAGAGACACGAGUAACUCGACUAGUGGAGGAAAAGCAAUCAAAGACGAGUGUGCCUCGAAUUACAACAUUACUGAUGUUGAACAAGUCAAUAUUUUUAACAGCACCAAGUUCGGAUUAAAAAUUAAGGUUUGCUUUUUGAAAUGCUUGGGCGAGAGUGGAGGAAUGAUUCUUAAUGGCCGAGUUGUGGACGAACAGCUAAUAAAAUUGGCAGAGACUUUGUCACCUAACAACAUCGAGCAGCUGAUGAGCGAUCUCAAAGCUGUGGAUGAGUGCUCUGGUUUAAAGGGUAUGGACGAAUGUGAUACAGCUGCUUUGGCUUACGAAUGUGGACAGGAAAAAGCACCAAACCUGGUGGCGAACGCGAUCAAAAUCGUGGAAUUGAAUAGCACCAUGGUACGUCUGAAGGUUCAACACUACGCCAUCUUCAUUUUAACACUUAUUUGA